UUCUUCUUAAUUUCUCACUACUUCAAAUUAUGCUGAAGUUUCUUCUUGGCCAAGUUGGAGACCAUUUUACCUCUCUCGAUUCCUUUCCCCGGCGAAAUCCAGUAAAUUCACAAUGUCAAGAAGAUAUGAUAGUCGCACAACUAUCUUCUCCCCAGAAGGUCGUUUAUAUCAGGUUGAAUAUGCAAUGGAAGCUAUUGGAAAUGCAGGAAGUGCAAUAGGUAUCUUAGCUAAAGAUGGUGUGGUGUUGGUAGGUGAAAAGAAGGUAACUUCAAAGCUUCUUCAGACUUCAACAUCCACUGAGAAGAUGUACAAGAUUGACGACCAUGUUGCCUGUGCUGUAGCUGGAAUAAUGUCAGAUGCUAACAUCCUCAUUAACACUGCUAGGGUUCAAGCUCAGCGCUAUACUUAUGCUUAUCAAGAACCAAUGCCUGUUGAACAGCUAGUUCAGUCUCUGUGCGACACCAAGCAAGGCUAUACACAGUUUGGUGGGCUUCGCCCAUUUGGUGUUUCAUUUCUUUUUGCAGGCUGGGAUAAGAACUAUGGCUUUCAACUGUACAUGAGUGAUCCAAGCGGCAAUUAUGGUGGUUGGAAAGCUGCAGCGAUUGGGGCUAACAAUCAACCAGCACAGUCAAUGCUGAAGCAGGACUACAAGGAUGACAUCACAAGGGAGGAAGCUGUUCAACUUGUUCUGAAGGUGCUUAGUAAGACUAUGGAUAGCACUAGUCUUACUUCAGAGAAGCUUGAACUGGCAGAGGUAUUCCAAACCAAUGGUAAAGUCAAAUACCACGUGCACUCACCGGAAUCCUUGAACAGGUUGCUCCUACGGUAUGGAUUGACCCAACCUGCUCCGGAGAAUUAGUACACUUAUAUUUGCGCAUCUUUUCAGCAUUAUUUUCAUUGUUUCCGAGUUUUAUGCUUAGAGAUUUCUGUUUCUAUUUCACUUCCUAAGAUGGCGAAGUCUUUUGAAUCCUGCUCCGGGUGAGAAACUGGAAAUCCACUUAGAUACCUUUUUUUGGUGCAUCUGCUCCAUGUUCGUUUUGUUUGAAACUGAUAUUAAGGCUCAAAUGCUGGGUUAUUCUUCUGCUGUUUCUGGUAUUACAAGCAAGCCAUCGCUUUUGAAAAAGCUUAUUUGGGAUUAGUCGGCUUUGCCAGUUCAAGAGUUAUCAUACCACAAAUGAGAAAGGUGUUAAUAUUUUA